AAAGGAGUUGAUUAUGCGGAGAAAGGAGAAGAUUUUGUGAAUAUUCAAGUUGCAACUGAUAGUGGACUUCAAGUUUUCACCUUCAAGCAGCUGCAUUCAGCCACUGGUGGUUUCGGAAAGUCUAAUGUUAUUGGACAUGGUGCGUUUGGGUUAGUCUACCGGGGAGUGCUCCAAGAUGGGAGGAAGGUUGCGGUUAAGUUGAUGAAUCAGGCUGGUAAACAAGGAGAAGAUGAAUUUAAAGUGGAGGUGGAUUUGCUGGGUCGUUUGAGGUCGCCAUAUUUGCUCCCGAUGAUUGGAUUCUGUUCAGAAAGCAACCAUAAGUUGCUGGUUUACGAGUUCAUGGCAAAUGGUGGUUUGCAGGAACAUUUGUAUCCCAUUGGGGCUUCUAAUAGCAUUCUAUCAAAGUUGAAUUGGGGCACUCGGCUCAGAAUAGCUUUGGAGGCAGCAAAAGGAUUGGAGUAUCUCCACGAACAUGUUAGUCCACCAGUAAUUCACAGAGAUUUUAAAAGUAGUAACAUCCUUUUGGAUAGAAAUUUCCAUGCCAAAAUUUCCGACUUUGGGUUAGCAAAACUUGGUUCUGAGAAAGCUGGUGGCCAUGUUUCAACUAGAGUAUUGGGCACCCAAGGAUACGUUGCACCCGAGUAUGCAUUAACUGGGCAUCUGACAAUGAAAUCAGACGUGUACAGUUAUGGAGUCGUCCUCCUGGAAUUGCUGACCGGCAGGGUUCCCGUGGAUAUGAAGAGACCUCAAGGGGAAGGUGUUCUCGUUUCUUGGGCCUUACCCCAACUCACGGAUAGAGAAAAGGUUUUAGAUAUCAUGGACCCAGCCCUUGAGGGCCAGUACUCGAUGAAGGAGGUUAUACAAGUUGCCGCCAUCGCUGCUAUGUGCGUGCAGCCGGAGGCUGAUUACCGGCCACUAAUGGCGGAUGUGGUGCAGUCGCUAGUCCCAUUGGUGAAACAUCACAAACUGCCUUCAAAGCCAGGUACCAGCCCGAGUUUCCACGCUAUGCAGUCUCCUAAAGCUUAGGACUUUAGCAAGGCUAUUACGUUGAAGGACCGGACCUAAUCUUACGUGUUAUCCAUUUAUGCUUAUUAAUCUAACUUAUUUUAGAAGGGCUCCUCUAGUUUUUAGUCGUCUGUUAUAACGAGAACUUAGAUCCUUCUAAUAGGCUUUCUAAUGAAGAAUGUUACCGUAAUCUAUUGGUAUUGCUGCAUUUAUCGAAUAUAGACAAUAUCAUCGUCAUUGGCUAAACGAUUAUUUGGUUAUGUUGUUUUGGGUUUUACUUGACUAAGGCGAAUGCGUUGUUCGAAUAA